AUGCAGCUCUUGCGCGUGAGCCUCCAAGCAGCGUUGAUCGCUGCGGCUGGUAGCCUGGCUUCGGCUUCAACUUUCAAGAGUGAUCACUAUGAUUAUAUCGUCGUCGGAGGCGGCCCCUCGGGUAUCAUCGCCGCGGAGAGAUUUGUCGAGGCGGGCAAGAAAGUCCUCCUUCUUGAGCGUGGUCAAGGGCCAACCGUGGCCACCGGCGCCAACGAUACUCUUCCCUGGAACAACGAGUUGACACCAAUUGACCUGCCCGGACUGUCUGCAGAUAUCGGAGCUCUUCCAGAAUGGAAGCAGUACAUGUGCACCGAUACUGCAGGCAACGCAGCCUGUGUCCUCGGAGGCGGCACAACGGUCAACUACAUGGUCUUUAUCCACCCCUCCGAUCACGAUUUCGACCACAACAGCAACUGGCCUGCUGGGUGGAAGUGGAGGGACAUCAAGCCUGCUGCGGAGAGACUCUACGAGCGAAAUGCGGGCACAACCCAGCCGUCUAUCGAUGGCAAGCGAUACGAUCAGGGUGCCUACAACGUUCUCUCGCGCUUCUUCAACAGACUUGGCUGGAAGUCAGUCGACACCAUCGACGAGCCUAACAAGAAACACAAGGUCUACAGUUACCCUGCGUGGAACAUCAAGGACUCGGUUCGCGCAGGACCUGUCCGGACUUACUUGCCCAUUGCCCAAAAGAGCGAGUCCUUCGAUCUGCACCUGGGCGUGAAAGUGCUUCGGGUUGUGCGCGAAGGCUCCAAGAUCACCGGUGUCGAGGUGCAAACAGGCUCCAACGAGACCGAGAUCGUUACUGUGGGCCCCAAUGGUCGCGUCGUUCUCGCCGCCGGUGCCCUGUCCACUCCGCGCCUCCUCUUCAACUCGGGUAUCGGCCCGGCGAAGCAGAUUGAAAUGGCCCAGAGCAGCGGCAUUGCUGUCCCCGCUAAGGAGGACUGGAUUCAACUGCCAGUCGGCGUCGGUCUCAUGGAUCACCCCAUCUUCACGAUCACAGUCAAGACCAACGGAACAUUUGGCAUUCCCGACUACAACAGCAUUCUCGAUGGCAGUGACGCCACCGACAUUGAGCUCUACAAGCAAGGCAGCGGCCUUCUGACCCAAGGCAAGCACCGCAUGAUCUUCUUCAGCUCAAACACCUUCCGCAACCACACUCGCUACUACCAGGGUUCUUGCGCUCCGAGCAAAAACGGCGUUAUCGGCAUCAAGGUUUACAUGACCCACGGACUCACCUCGCACGGUGUUCUCGGUCUCGAUUCCAAGCAAAACACCGUCGUCCAGAAGUCCCCCUACAUGCAGACUCCCGAUGACCGUAUGGCCGCUCGCGCCUUCAUUCAGGGUUUGGUCAAGGAUAUUGAGGCUCCCUCGUCCGGUCUGACUCUGGUGGACAAUCUUAACACCACCGCCAUUCUGAAGAGCCUGACACCCGGUACUCACUAUGCCACUACCGCGAAGAUGGGCGUGGACGAUGGCCGCAAGAACGGUACCUCUGUGGUGGAUACCAACACCAAGGUCUACGGCACUGACAACCUGUUCAUUGUCGAUGGCAGUAUUCACCCCGACCUUUCCACGGGUAAUAUCCAGGCUACCAUCAUGGUCGUUGCGGAGGCUGCCGCAGCCAAGAUUUUGGCUGUGAAUUAA